AUGGAGAGCUCCUGGCUGCUCCGCUCGCUCCUCCUGCUCCUCCUGCUCUCCAUCCUCUCUGGAGGACAGGCGUCUCCUGAUGUUUCCUCUGAGGACUCUGGACCUGAAGCUGCUGCAGACAAAGACCUGGUCAGUACGUCACAAAUGUCUGAUUAAUGUUAUAAUUAUUUAUUAUUUAUUAUUGUUAUUAUUGUUAUUAUUAAAUCCUCUGUUGGUGUUUUUAAGGUGGAAUUGAAGAGAUGUUUGGGUCUCCUGUCGGGGUUUUUGAGGUUUCAGGUGUUUUUAGGAGUAUCUCUAAUAUUUUGGUCCUCGUCAGCUGAAAGCAGGACUAAAAUGGUUCUUAAAAGACUUUAGAUUUAUUUAAAACGAUUAAGCCCUGCUGCGUUAGGAAGGAUUCAAAACAAAGUAUAAACAACCAAAAACUGAAUAAUCGAUAUAAUUGUUUUCUGCAGAAAAAGAGCUCAAUUAAAAGCUUUUAAUUUAGUGCUCAGAAGAUUUUAAAUAACGUUUGUUUUAAAAUGGUGCAAUAUGAUUAAAGAUGAAAUCAUCAUCCUAUUAAAAUAAUGGCCUAAGGCUUUUUUUGACGAGUUUUUGGCCUAAAUCAUCUCAAAAAGGAAUUUUAGCAAUUAUUUCAAUAGGGUGACGAAUCAAUAGAUUGAUUAAUUGAUUUUAUAGUGUUGAUCAAAUUCUUAAAGGUAUCAAGAUUUAUUAAAAGCUUCAAUGGAUUACAAACAGGUUUUAAACGGGUUAUUAAAGGCUUUAAAUAAAAAAACAUGAAUGAGAUUUUAAAAGCUUUUAAUAUUAAUGAUCAAUUAAUAUGUUUAUGUUUUAAUGUUCGAAUGAUCAUAUAAAUCAAUGUUUUAGUUUUGUGUCAUGGAAAACAUUGAUAUGGUUUUAAUUCAUGAAUAGAUUUAUUGAUCACUCUAAUUAUCUUUAUUUCAUGUCAAUAUAAUAUGUCAAUUAAAAUGUGUUUUUAUUGCGUUUAUUGAUCAGACUGACUCAUGAUUGGUAUUUAAUUACUGUUAAUGAGGUUGAUCUAUAACAUUGUUUUAUGGUGAUAUGUUGAAACUUUAUAUUGAUGAUUAUUAGUGACGAUUACAUUAAUUGAUAAGGUCAAUUAACUAUUAGCUAUCCAUGAGCCAGGUGUUAAUUAACCUAGCCUGAUAUUAUUGAUAUUAUUUUUUAAUUCAUCGCAAUAUUCAGAUUUACUAAUUACUGGUUCAUUAAUGUGUUGACGGAUUAUUCUGAUUGAUUAUUGGUUUAUUAAUGUGUUCAUUGAUCAGACUGAUUGAUUAUUGGUUUAUUAAUGUGUUCAUUGAUCAGACUGAUUGAUUAUUGGUUUAUUAAUGUGUUCAUUGAUCAGACUGAUUGAUUAUUGGUUUAUUAAUGUGUUCAGGUUGAAGCUGUUGGAGCUCUGCUGUCCAGGAUUCACUCUGGAGUUUCAUCAGCGGAGAAGAGAGGAAGCAUCCCUUUGGUACACUUUUAUUCUUAAUUAAGCUAAUUUCACUCUAUUUUAAGUUAUUGAUUUAUUUUAAUUGAUUGAUUGAAUAAAUAAGUCAAUUAAUUGAUAAAUCUGACGAAUGUAACUGUAUUCUUUGGUAAUGUAACAGUUGUUGUUAUUUUAAAGAAAUGCAGAAAUGUUUGGAGAAAAUUUAAAAAGCACAAAAAUGUGAUUGAAAAUAAAAUCUUCGUUAAGUUAAUCCUAAAAAUAAAAUAAUCAGAAAUAUUUGAUACUGAUUUAAAAGCGUGACUCUGCAGCAGAGUCCCGCUCCCUCUCUCCGGGUUAUUUAGGCCUUAUUUUCUUCCUGCCAGUGUUUUAGUCUGCAUUUUAAUUAAAAGUGUAGAAGCUGCAGCUCAUUAAAAGAUAAGAAGGAAACACUGAGUGUGGAUUUUCUCUGUAAUUAAAAGCAGGAUUAUACUGAAACUCUAAUGAAGUAAAAGAGACGGAACAACAGAAACAGUCAGUCUAGUGUAACUCGUGUCUAUAAACCAGCAGCAGAACCAGUUCAUCCAUCAGAAACCGUUAAUGAGCAUGUUUAAUUAUUUAACGGUUUAAUCCUCAUAAAUCAUGAGAGUGAAAAACGCUCAAAACGAUUAAAUUAAUAAAAACAUUAACGCCCAAUUAUGUCGUGAUUUAUUCACGUUUUUACUGAACCAAUCAUUAUUCAGAUUUCUGCUGUUUGACACUCAACUGUGUGUGUGUGUGUGUGUGUGUGUGUGUGUGUCUCACAGUGUGGGAUGGGUGAUCGGUGUGCGAUGAGGUUCGGUCCUCGUAUCGGGAAGUUGUGCGACUGCGGCCGAGGAGCCAACUGUAACUCCUACCUGCUCAAGUGCAUCUGA